UCCUUUGCAGUUCAACCUGAAUAGGAGCUGGUCUGAUUUGUAGAAAAGUGAGCAGCCUUGUCAGUUCUAAAGAGCCCCUCAUAAGGACUGAAGUUUAACUGGAACCAGAAGAGCAUCAAGUCAAAAACCAAUACCUCUUUAAACAUUCCUUGAGCUGAUGAGACUACCAAAGGGGCCCCAAAGCCAACACACUUUUCUUGAAGGAUAAACUCUUAGCAGCAAUAAAGACAUCUGGAGCAGGACAGGGACUCCUCUACAGGAGCUUUCCCUCCUUUGGAAUACUUAUUUGAUAUUAUCUAUAUCACCUUACCCAAGUUGUUUCUUCUCUCUGGGCCUCAGAUUCCUCCUCAGUAAAAGGAAGCCAGUUGGGGGUACAGUGUAUAGAUCAUUGGACAUGGAAGACAAGGUUGAUAUUGCUUCAUACAUUUACUUGCUGUGUCAAUGCUCUCAGUCUCAGCUUCUUCCUAUAAAAUAGUGAUAACAAUAGGACCUGCCUAUAUCCUGACUUUGCCAUAUACUAGCUAUAUAACCCUAAGCAAGACACAACUUCUCUUUAAGUCUCUAUUUUCCUCAUCUGCAAAAUGGAGAUAAUAUGAGCACCUAUCUCCCAGGGUUGCUGUGAGGAUCAAAUGAGAUAGAUUGUAAAUCAUUUAGCAUAGUACCUUGCCCCUAGUGAGUGGUACAUAAAUGUCAUUGUUAUUCCUAGUAAGUGUCUGUAAAAUGGGCCUAAUAGUAGCUUCCUUCCAGGGUUGUUGAGGGCAUAAAAUGAGAUAUCUGCAAAGAAAUUAACAUAGUUCCUGGUUCCUGCCAAUGGUGCUUUGUAACUGUUAGCCAUUAUUAUUAUGUUAAAAGAGGAUAAUAGCACCUAAUUCCCAAGGGUGUAGAGCAGCUCAAAUGAGAUAUUUAUAAGGUGCUUUGUACAAUGUUUGGCAUAUAGUAAGUCCCAUAGAAAUGUUAGUUAUUAUUAUUAUUAUCUCUAAAAUGGGGAUACUAAGGCCUAUCUCUCAGGAAUGUUAGGAGGAUCAAAUGAGAUAAUUAGUGCCUGGCACAUUGUAAGUGAUAUAUUAAUGUUAGUUAUUAUUAUCAACAUCAUCACGAGUAAGGGUUGGACUGGAAGAUGGUCCCUUCCAGCUCCAAAGUUUGGACAGAUUUCAUCAGUACAAGGAAUGCUACAAGAGGAAAUUCCCUCCACUGAUAUAAACACAUGCUUUGUAACCUAAAGUCUUCAGAGUUCUCUGAAUCACACUGAAUGUUAAGUGACUUGCCCACCAGUUGCACAGACAUUAUAUGUCAGAAGUUGAACUUGCACCAGGUUUCCACAUCCAAAGACUUCACCCAAGGACACGAUAUUAAUUAAGCAUCCAGUUACUAGUCCAAGAUUACAAGAGGUCCCGGUUGGAAAAAGCCAGCAGGGAAGCUGCGGACUUGCACCACCAGGAGGCAGGCGCGUGAAGCCCAAGGUUCGCGCGGUUUAUCGGGAGCAGACAAAGGAGGAGGAGCCAGCUCCCACACUCCCCAAGGCCUUGCGGCCCCGCAGCGAACGGCACGAGUAAUAUGUGGAGGCCCAGGCUGGAAGUGUUUUCUGGCCUCCUGGCCCAGGCGGUACCGCGGAGGCCUUGCAGGGCCGAGCCGCACACGUUGCAACAGCCGGGGUCGGGACCUGGGACCGCUCCGCUCUGCAGCCUCCCCGCCCUCGCAACAGGGGCCGAAGCUGUAGCUUCCUGGUCACCGGGAAAGUUCAAUUCUCAGUUCCAAGGCUUCAGAGGCCAGAUUCCAAAGGUCAAAAAGCAGAGCGUUCUUUUGCUGAAUUUGAGGAAAUCGGGAACUUUGGGUGACAAAAAUUCACUGGAUGAAACUACUUAUGAAAAACUUGCAGAGGAAACACUGGACUCCUUGGCAGAUUUUUUUGAAGAUCUCGGAGACAAGCCUUUCACAUCUAAGGAUUACGAUGUUUCUUUGGGGAGUGGCGUUCUCACAAUAAAACUGGGCGGAGACCUGGGAACCUACGUGAUCAACAAGCAGACCCCCAACAAGCAGAUCUGGUUGUCUUCUCCAACCAGUGGUCCCAAACGCUACGACUGGACAGGGAAGAACUGGGUAUAUGUUCAUGAUGGAGUGUCCCUCCACGAACUGCUGGAAAUGGAAUUUUCCCAAACCUUGAAAACUCAAUUAGACUUGUCUUCCCUGGUCUAUUCUGGAAAAGACACUUGACGUGAUCUAAUUUUCAAAGACAUUGAGGACUAUAGACGAAGAGUACCUCCUCUGCACAUUAACUCGUGUUUGCCCUUUUGUGUUUUCCCCACCCUUCGCUUCAUUGUAUGUGAUAGCUAUAUGAAAAGAAUAUAUAUUUUUAACCUCAA